CGGGCUCCCGGCCCACAACGCUGCUCCCUUCGUUAGGACCCGGCCGGACCUCCGCUCACUAGAGCGAUGGCGGAGAUCGCCGGCGACGAGGUCCCAGCGCCUCCUCCUCCUGCCCCCUCAACCUCCGGCGAAGCCUCCGGAGGACAGUCUACUUCUAAUCCCACAUCUACAGGCAGCAGGAAUCCGCCGUCGCGCACGACGAAGCCCGGCGUGAAGCGCCUAGUCCUCACCGCCUCCGUCCUCCUCUCCUUCCUCCUCGGACUGCCCUUCCUGCUGAAAUCCACCGAGAUCCACCGCUCGCCGCUGCCUUCCGACGCAAUCACCGCCCUCGCCCACCGCCUCCACUCCAAUCCGCCAUCUUUCCCCUGCGGCCUCCACGCGGUCUUCCUGCGGUCCGGUUCCGACCCCUCCGAUGCCUCCCUCGCCAGUCGCCUCGAGCGAGCGAUCUCGGCCCAGCUCCAGCUCCUCCCGGCCGCUUCCACUGCCGGUAAUGUCUCGGUAUCGGUCACCGUAGAGUCGGUUGGUGGAUGCUCCAGCAGCGGCAGCGUUGGCUCGCGUUGGGAAUGCGGCGUUGUGACCACUGCGGACCUGGUGCUUGGUGACGAGGUGUUUGAUGAGUUGCUGCACUCAGCAUUGGGCAGCGGCCGCGGGGAUGGGUCUAGGGUUUACACUGUUGUGGUUGUGGAAACUGGUGAUGCAGAGGGAAUGAGGGUUGUCAUUGGGAAGCAUCGGCAUGCUUGGGUGGCUGGAAAGGUUGACGAGGCUAAGGCUGUGUCAGUUAUUGGGAAGGUAUUUGUCAAGUAUUUCAUGAAUGGCGGUGUUGAGGAGGGUGAGACAGGCAUUGGGAAAGGCGAGUUCAUGCCAGUUGGAUCAGAUGGAAAUGUCGUUCUAUCCUUUAGCUUGUUGAAUGCUGAUCCAAGUGAUUGGGUGUAUGAUUGGGAGUUUGAAAAGAUUGGUGAGAGGAUGUUAAAUCCUGUGAUUGAGGCACUGCGGCCUAUUGCAGAAAUUAAUAUAGAGAGUCAGGUUUUGUACCACACUCCUAAGUCGUCCUAUUCUUAUUCUGAUGAUAAACUGGGUGGCAAUGUCCUUAGUAUGGGAGACAUUCCUUUCUUUGUAAAUUCAAAUGAGUGGCACUUGGAUACAUCAAUUUCAGCUACAGGACAAUCAAAAGUUCUUCAAUUUGUGGUAUACAUUCCAUCUGCAAAGGAAUGCCCAUUGUACUUACAACUUCCUGAUGGUGGGCUUUCAAAAACUAAUGCAUUUAUAUCCCCUAUGUGGGGAGGUGUUCUUAUCUGGAACCCACCAGACUGUUCACUUGGUUCCCAGAAGACUCAUGGUACCCGGAAGAAAAUGUCAUCUCAGGAACUUAUGGAGACUCUUGAAAUCUUCAUUGGACAACUAAGGCAGUUGUUUGGUCUAAAACCAUCUUAUCUCUCACAAGAUAUGGACAUGCCAACUAAAUUUGCAGUUAGUGAAAAGGGGUUCACAGAAUGGGAGUUAGAUUUACUAUAUAGACAUCAUGCAUCUUCCAAUCUGUUGUCAUGUCUCACCACCUUGGAGUCUCUAUCUAGUCUGGUCCAUUCUCUCCCAAGAAUGAUUGUCAUGGAUGAAAUUGGAAGACAGGUUGAGCUCUCUCUUGAAGCUGCAAAUUUAGCUCAAAGAAAUGCAACUCUUGGAAUAAGUGACUCUUCAGCAGUAUCUGCAACAAGAGCGAGGGCAUUGGCUGAGGAAGCAUUUUUCCACCCAUCCAUUAUGUCAAUCAGUUAUGCUUCAAUAGAGCAUUAUUUUGCCAUUUACAUGCCAUUUUUCGCACCAGUUUCCUUGCAUGUGCUUCUGGCGGCAAUCAAAGAGCUAAAACGUUACAAGGCAGAGCGAGCAAAAUAUUCAGCAGUUCUUGCUUCCCGUUCGACAUCCUCCUGAUCUGGUGGUGGUUUAGGGCAGCGUCACUGCCUGGCACUUCAUACAAGUUUGACAGGGAGGUCGUUGGUCAUUACUCGCAUCGUCAACUUGUUCUGGUGCACACGGAAAUGGCUGGAACGUCCAGCUGAUGCUAGGCUGAGAAGUAGACACACGGGUGCUUAUAAAGCUAGCUGUAAGUUGUAACUUGCAACCCAUAUUUUAUCGCUAGAUUUAGAAAGAAUGGACGUUCGGGUUUCUGACCAAAGAUACUGUAAUGGCUAAUACAUCGAUGCAAUUAUCUGUGUGUUUGGCAA